AUGGCUACCACCAAAGGCGUCAUCCUCGUAGGAGGCCCCUCCAAGGGCACUCGUAUGAGGCCGCUUACUCUAGAUUGCGCGAAACCCCUUCUCCCCAUUGCCGGCAAGCCUAUGGUCUGGCACCCCCUCGCAUCGCUAGCCAAGAUGCCUGGUCUCACUGAAGUCCUGAUCAUUGGCUUUUACGAAGACUCGGUUAUGGCUGGCUUCGUCAAGGACGCCAAGAGAGAGUUCCCCAACAUUGCCAUCUCGUAUCUGCGCGAAUAUCGGCCCCUCGGGACAGCUGGCGGUCUCUAUCACUUCCGUGACUCUAUCCUCCGCCCGCCUUGUCCGCAGAACAUCUUUAUCUGCAACAUUGACAUUUGUUGCUCAUUCCCGUUCCAGGAAAUGAUGGACUUGCAUUCCAAGCAUCGCGGGGUGGGGACUAUCAUGGGAGUGAAUGUCAAAAGAGAAACUGCGACGCAAUACGGUUGCAUUGUUUCCGACCCGAGCUCGCUCGUCGUCCAUUACGUCGAGAAGCCCGAAAGCUGGAUCUCCAAUAUGGUGAACGGUGGUGUCUACCUGUUCGACAAGUCUCUUUUUGACGAGAUCAAGGUCGCUAUGGAUGACAAGGCGGCACGUGCAGCCGAGGACCCCCUGGUGCAAUCUGACGAGAUGCUGCGAUUGGAGCAAGACGUCAUCGUCCCUUUGGCGGCCGCGAGGAAGAUGCACGUCUACGAGACCAAGGACUUUUGGAGGCAAAUUAAGAGCGCAGCUUCCGCCGUCUCUGCUUCCUCCCUUUACCUGUCCCGCUUCCAAAAGACUCACCCCGAGCUCCUCGCCAAGCCCUCCGCGACUGUACUCGCUCCUUCCUAUAUCGACCCUUCCGCCACCAUCGACCCUACCGCCAAAAUCGGUCCCAAUGUCGCUAUCGGCCCCGGUGUACGCGUAGCUGCUGGCGUGCGCGUCAAGGACGCCAUCAUAUUCGAGGGGACCUCGCUCGAACAACACAGUUGCGUCCUAAACUCGAUAGUAGGCCAAAACUGCCAGAUCGGGCCCUGGGCGCGUCUUGAUGGUGUACCAGAACCAGAAGACAACAAGGGAAAGAUCAGCGUUACCGUGUUGGCAACCGAGGUCACGUUGGCGCCGGAGACGCUUGUCAGGAGUUGCAUCGUGCUCCCGAACAAAACACUAUCCAAAAGCUAUGCGAGCAGAGUAGUCCUCUAA